CGAAGGGUUCGCCGAAGCGCUUUGUACUUUUUCUCUUCUGCAUAUUGGUUUACCACCUGCUAGAUUUGUUUGAAUUUUUUUUCUCUCUCUCUUGCAGCUUGUGAUAAAAUUCUUGAGAUCUGUGAUUUCUUGCAGCAGAUUCCUUCUAUAUACUCAUACAUAAGCAACCGAUUGACUUGCUUGCAACCAUGGCCGGAGUUGAGAGACAACAAUCCGCAGAGCCUGCUGCAAUGACCAGCAGUGCUGAUCGCAUGGUCGGUAUGGACCAUGCUGAAGUCCGUUAUUUCACGAGCUAUGAUCAUCACGGCAUUCAUGAGGAGAUGCUUAAAGACGAUGUCCGCACUCGUUCCUACCGCGAUUCCAUCUACCAGAACCGUCAUAUCUUCAAGGACAAGGUUGUUCUCGACGUCGGCUGCGGCACCGGUAUUCUUAGCAUGUUCGCUGCCAAGGCUGGUGCUAAGCAUGUGAUGGGCGUUGAUAUGUCUUCAAUCAUCGAAAAGGCCCGUGAAAUUGUUGAGGUCAACGGCCUGUCCAGCAAGAUCACCCUUCUGCAGGGCAAGAUGGAGGAGGUUGUCCUGCCUUACCCCAAGGUUGACAUCAUCAUCUCGGAGUGGAUGGGCUACUUCCUCCUCUACGAGAGCAUGUUGGAUACUGUCCUCUAUGCCCGCGACCGUUACCUUGUUCCUGGUGGCAAGAUCUUCCCCGACAAGGCUACCAUGUACUUGGCUGCCAUCGAAGAUGGCGAGUACAAGGAUGAUAAGAUUGGAUUCUGGGACAACGUCUAUGGCUUCGACUACAGCCCCAUGAAGGAGAUUGCGCUCACCGAGCCCCUUGUGGAUACUGUCGAGAUGAAGGCACUCGUCUCCGACCCUUGCCCCAUCAUCUCUUUCGAUCUCUACACCGUGACCAAGGAGGAUCUCGCCUUCAAGGUGCCCUAUUCGCUUACCGUCAAGCGUAGCGACUUCGUCCACGCCGUGAUCGCAUGGUUCGACAUUGAGUUUGGUGCCUGCCACAAGCCAAUUCUCUUCUCAACUGGUCCCCAUGCCAAGUAUACCCACUGGAAGCAAACUGUCUUCUACCUGCGGGAUGUUCUGACCGUUGAGGAAGAGGAAGUUGUGUCUGGUAUGUUGGAGAACAAGCCCAACGACAAGAACAAGCGCGACCUUGAUAUUAGCAUUACCUACAAGCUGGAAACUACGGAUCAGAACCGCUCUGCUGAAGGUAGCUGUUUCUACAGAAUGUGCUAAACUCAGGCGCUGAAUGCUCUUGAGCAAAAUGACCCGUAAUUGGGUCGGUACAGUUAUGGCUUUGACCGAGUCCUUUGUUUAUGAUUCUGUCAACAAAGUUGAAGUUAUUUACCCGUGGGUAGCAUGGCACUUGAAGGGAAGUACAUUUGCAUGAUGUUGGGUCGAUGAAUAAGUUUUCUUGACUUGCUUUGUUUGUUUAUGCCAUUUCGUUUCCGUUAUGUUCCGGCGUUUUAUUGGAAGGCAGGAAACGGCAUCAUUGUUUGGCGCGACACGGAGAGAUGGUUUUCCACAAGGACGAUUAUGAAGCUCCUCGAAUUACCCAAGUAGAUACCCCGAGUCGAUGCUCAAUCUUAUCAUCUCUGACGAUCUCUUUGAAAAUUGCUCAGCUUUGGUUCUACUCCGCAGUUUUCUGCGCAAUUCUCUGGCUGUCCAUGACUGAAAAUAUAUCGACAGUUAUGGCCAUGUAUUGUGUUUCCUUUGAACAUAAUAUUCGGUC